ACCAUUUACAAACAAAAUUGUGGCAUAGUUUAAUAAACUCUUCACCAGUCUUAUUAAUCAUAAACUUCUUUAAAAACUGUGUUACAAUGUUGAAUGUUCUAUUAGUAAUAUUCGGGAUAGUUUGUAAAGGUUUCGACGCAUUUCUUCUUGACGAACCCUGUAACAGAACUAUGACUACACCUGAAAUUGACUUUAUAAUCGGUAAAGACUGUCAACAUGGUUUGAUAUCAUUUCAACCUUCCGCAUCGGGGUCACUGGCAGCGCACGUCAUUAACAGCAAACCAAACACGUGCAACGUGACUACGUGCCUCAGAUCGUGCAAUACAGUGUCUAGUUCAAUAUUCGCUCUAACUCAGGACCCCUUCCAUUGUUGUCAUGUUUUUCCCCGGCCAACAAUAGCCAUGAGAGAUUUCACGGAUAUGAAGAACGAAACUUUGUAUAAAACAAGUUCUUUUGGAAAUGAUUGGAUUUGUACCCGGCCUCAUUCUCAACAGCGAAUUGUUCUCGAUUUCAAUGUUCGUACGUUACAGUGUCCUGUACUUGUAGAAUAUGAUAUUCUUACAACAUGUUGAUUUCUUCCUGAAUAAAGGCUUACACAACGUAGAAAGAAU